CCCCGGCCUGGCUCGUUCCUGACCAUCCUUCUGCCUGACCCUUGGUAUCGCGCUGCCCGGUACCUGCUGAACCUGGCUUGUGACCCCGGAACCAUUCUCCGCUUGCUCCCCCUGUACCACGACUGCCCGCACGAUACCAACCCGGUUAGUCUGACCUCGCUCACGACUCCUAGCAGUCACCCAUCCAUCCCGCUCGGAUCGGGAUCUGUCAUCCGUCCAUCCCGCUCGGAUCGGGAUCUGUCCAUCCCCUUCACAGCAGGCUCAUCCCGGGCACAUACCCUCAGCGGG